UUUCCCCGGAAGGAAAGCGGAGCCCGGGCUGGGCGCGCAAGGUGGGGAGGUGCGGGACUGGGCGUGGGGAGGCGGGGCGCGCGCCGCGGGGACCCCUCCCUCCCGUCCUCCUUGCGGUCUGCCGUUCUGCUUGCCAGAACCGCCGCCGAGUCGGGAUCGAAGGCGACAGCGCGGCCAAGGGGGCGCGGCCAGGACGAGCUGGAGGGCCGGGUGCCUGGGGCAGGGGCAGCGGUGACCCGGUUGCUGGGGAGGCGGGAGAAUAGACCCACGGACCUUGGAAGGGGAUCUGAGAGCGCAGACCCUGAGCAGACGUGAAACUGACCGGGGCUGGGGGCAGGAAACUGAUCGGCACCACUGGGCUCCACCGCGCGGCGGGUGCCAGUGCCCUUCGGCGGAGCGGGGAGCAGGUGAACAGGUCCUCACUCCCAGCUCCGCGCCCUCACGCGCUCUCGCCCGGGCCCCCGCUCCGGCUCGCAGCCAUGGGCCCCGGCCCCCGCCGUGCGCCCGGCGCCCCGCGCCCGAUGCUCUGCGCGCUCGCCCUGAUGGUGGCGGCCGGCGGCCGCAUCGCCUCCGCCUUCAACCUGGACACCCGAUUCCUGGUGGUGAAGGAGGCCGAGAACCCGGGCAGCCUCUUCGGCUACUCGGUCGCCCUCCAUCGGCAGACGGAGCGGCAGCAGCGCUACCUGCUCCUGGCUGGUGCCCCCCGGGAGCUUGCUGUGCCCGAUGGCUACACCAACCGGACCGGUGCCGUGUACCUGUGCCCACUCACUGCCAACAAGGACGACUGUGAGCGCAUGGACAUCACAGAGAAAAGUGACCCUGACCAUCACAUUAUUGAGGACAUGUGGCUCGGGGUGACUGUGGCCAGCCAGGGCCCUGCAGGCAGAGUCCUGGUCUGUGCCCACCGCUACACUCAAGUGCUGUGGUCAGGGUCGGAGGACCAGCGCCGCAUGGUGGGCAAGUGCUACGUGCGAGGCAAUGACCUAGAGCUGGACCCCAGCGACGACUGGCAGACCUACCACAACGAGAUGUGCAACAGCAACACCGACUACCUGGAGACGGGCAUGUGCCAGCUGGGCACCAGCGGCGGCUUCACCCAGAGCACUGUGUACUUCGGUGCCCCUGGCGCCUACAACUGGAAAGGAAACAGCUACAUGAUUCAGCGGAAGGACUGGGAUUUAUCUGAGUAUAGUUACAAGGACCCAGAGGACCAAGGAAACCUCUAUAUUGGGUACACGGUGCAGGUAGGCAGCGCCAUCCUGCACCCCACGGACAUCACCAUUGUGACCGGUGCCCCACGGCACCAACAUAUGGGCGCUGUCUUCUUGCUGAGCCAGGAGGCAGGCGGAGACCUGCGGAGGAGGCAGGUGCUGGAGGGCACGCAGGUGGGCGCCUAUUUUGGCAGCGCCAUUGCCCUGGCAGACCUGAACAACGAUGGGUGGCAGGACCUCCUGGUGGGUGCCCCCUACUACUUUGAGCGGAAAGAAGAGGUAGGAGGUGCCAUCUAUGUCUUCAUGAACCAGGCGGGCACCUCCUUCCCCACCCUCCCCUCCCUCCUCCUUCAUGGCCCCAGUCGCUCCGCCUUUGGCUUCUCCGUGGCCAGCAUUGGUGACAUCAACCAGGAUGGAUUCCAGGACAUUGCUGUGGGAGCCCCCUUCGAGGGCUUGGGCAGAGUGUACAUCUACCACAGCAGCUCCAGGGGGCUCCUCAGACAGCCCCAGCAGGUAAUCCACGGAGAGAAUCUAGGACUGCCUGGCUUGGCCACCUUCGGCUACUCCCUGAGUGGGCAGAUGGACGUAGAUGAGAACUUCUACCCAGACCUGCUAGUGGGGAGCCUGUCAGACCGCAUCGUGCUGCUGCGGGCCCGGCCUGUCAUUAACAUCGUCCACAGGACCUUGGUGGCCAGGCCAGCUGUGCUGGACCCUGCACUUUGCACAGCCUCCUCCUGCGUGCAGGUGGAGCUGUGCUUUGCUUACAAUCAAAGUGCCGGGAACCCCAACUACAGGCGGAACAUCACCCUGGCCUACACCCUGGAGGCUGACCGGGACCGCAGGCCGCCCCGGCUACGCUUCGCCCGCAGCCAGUCAGCUGUCUUCCACGGCUUCUUCUCCAUGCCUGAGAUGCGCUGCCAGAAGCUGGAGCUGCUCCUGAUGGACAACGUCCGUGACAAACUCCGUCCCAUCAUCAUCUCCAUGAACUACUCUUUACCUUUGCGGAUGCCCGAUCGCCCCCGGCUGGGGCUGCGGUCUCUGGACGCCUACCCAGUCCUCAACCAGGCGCAGGCACUGGAGAACCACACUGAGGUCCAUUUCCAGAAGGAGUGCGGGCCGGACAACAAGUGCGAGAGCAACUUGCAGAUGCGCGCGGCCUUCGUGUCGGAGCAACUGCAGAGGCUGAGCAGGCUCCAGUACAGCAGAGACGUCCGGAAACUGCUCCUGAGCAUCAACGUGACCAACGCCCGGAGCCCGGAGCGCGCCGGGGAGGACGCCCACGAGGCGCUGCUCACCCUGGCGGUGCCUCCCGAGCUGCUGCUGUCCUCCGUGCGCCCGCCCGGGGCCUGCCAGGCUAACGAGACCAUCCUCUGUGAGCUGGGGAACCCCUUCAAACGGAACCAGAGGAUGGAGCUGCUCAUCGCCUUUGAGGUCAUUGGGGUGACUCUGAACACAAGGGACCUUCAGGUGCAGCUGCAGCUCUCCACGUCAAGUCACCAGGACAACCUGCAGCCCAUGACCCUGACACUUUUGGUGGACUACACACUCCAGGCCUCACUCAGCAUGGUAAAUCACCGGCUACAAAGCUUCUUUGGGGGGACAGUGAUGGGCGAGUCUGGCAUGAAAACUGUAGAGGAUGUGGGAAGCCCCCUCAAGUAUGAAUUCCAGGUGGGCCCAAUGGGGGAGGGGCUGGCAGCCCUAGGGACCCUGGUCCUAGGUCUGGAGUGGCCCUAUGAAGUCACCAAUGGCAAGUGGCUGCUGUACCCCACGGAGAUCACCGUCCAUGGCAAUGGGUCCUGGCCCUGCCUGCCACCCAGAGACCUUGUCAACCCUCUCAACCUCACUCUCUCUGAGCCUGGGGACAGGCCGCCAUCUCCACAGCGCAGGCGGCGACAGCUAGACCCAGGGGGAGGCCAAGGCCCCCCACCUGUCACUCUGGCUGCUGCCAAAAAAGCCAAGUCUGAGACUAUGCUGAACUGUGCCACUGGCCGUGCCCGCUGCGUGUGGCUGGAGUGCCCCAUUCCUGAUGCUCCCGUUGUCACCAAUGUGACCGUGAAGGCGCGGGUGUGGAACAGCACCUUUAUUGAGGAUUACAGGGACUUUGACCGAGUCAGGGUAGAUGGCUGGGCUACCCUGUUCCUCCGAAGCGGCGUCCCCACCAUCAGCAUGGAGAACAAGACCACAUGGUUCUCUGUGGACAUUGACUCCGACCUGGUGGAAGAGCUGCCUGCCGAGAUCGAGCUGUGGCUGGUGCUUGUGGCCGUGGGUGCGGGGCUGUUGCUGCUGGGCCUGGUCACCCUCCUGCUGUGGAAGUGCGGCUUCUUCAAGCGAGCCCGCACUCGCGCCCUGUAUGAAGCUAAGAGGCAGAAGGCGGAGAUGAAGAGCCAGCCAUCAGAGACAGAGAGGCUGACCGACGACUACUGAGGGGGGCAGCCCCCCGCCCCCAGCCCACCCGGUGUGACUUCUUUAAGCGGACUCACUAUUACCGGAUCAUGCCCAAGUACCACGCGGUGCGGAUCCGCGAGGAGGAGCGCUACCCACCUCCAGGGAGCACGCUGCCCACCAAGAAACACUGGGUGACCAGCUGGCAGACUCGAGACCGAUACUACUGACAUCGUCCCAGAUCCCACCCUCCUCCCCUGCCCCCAUCUCCCCUUUCUUCCUAUUUAUCAUAAGUUAUGCCACUGACAGUCCACAGGGACCACUGCCUUGGCUGGCGCCAGCAAGCUCAGGCACACACACCUCUUCAAGCGCAUGCACGUGCUGUCUGGCCACCGGCAUCUCUCUGCAGGGGGGCUGGAGCCGUGGACCUCGCAAUGCCCAGCACACUGCAGCCCUGAGUCCCAGACACACAUGGGCCCACUGCUCGUGGACUGUGCUUGUGCAUCAUGGAUGGUGCGUGGACAUGCCACGUCCCAGCACCGCCUGUGCCAAAACCAAGCCAAAGGGCCUCCACCAGAGCCAGGAGGAAAAGACCCCCAUGUGGUGACACCUGCCCGUUUCACACUGGAUCCAACUUGAGCCACAGUCACUGGAUCGACUUUGCUGUUGGGAGUAAAACUACUGACAGGGAGCAGCCCACUGGGCCCCCGGGUGCAGCUCCCCAAAACCCAGGCCAGAGAGCUGGGGGUCCUGCCUAAAUUCGUCCAGGAAGCAUUUGCAGGACCUGGAGUGCUCAGACCCAAGAGCAAAUGAACUAGAAAGAAGGUCCCAGAAUGGCUUUCUUUGAUGGAUCUCUGGGAAGCCUCUCUCCUUGGCCACAGACUGAACUAGCAGGGAACGCAGCCUGAAAGGACAAAGACAGACACGCCGCCAGAUAGCCUGGACACACUGUGCUGGAUGGGACUGCCCUGGAGCACAGUGGGAUCCUCCAGAGAGAGGAGGGGACCAAUCCUGGGCCAAGCAGACGUUGGAAGGACACAGAAGAGAUGCUACUGCUGACUCCCCACUACCAGCCAGCCGAGAAGGGCCUGGAGGGACCCUACGAGACCACGGAGGGAGCGACGCUUGAAUGUAGAGCAGGGAGGGAGCCCUGUCCCUGCCCCAUCUGGCCAGACCCCACUCUGCCCCCACUGACCAUGGGCUGGGGGCCUAGAGCUGGAGUUCUUGGCUAGCCCUGGCUUUCAGAGCCAACCUGGCUCUGCCCUUCCAUCAUGGGCUGAGUCCUAAGACCCCUUCUAGAAGUUGAGGCUGGUUCCAGAAAACCUCUCCUGACCCAUUGGCAACCUACUCCCAGCCUCUACCCUCUUCCAUGGUACUGUAGCAGGGGGCGCCCUCCCCCUCCUUGUGCCUUCUUUGUACAUAGGCUUCUCACAGUGACCAAUAAACAGCUCCCAGUUUGUA